CAGGUCGGUCCGUUAGAUGGCGCCUAUGGGCGAAGAGCAACCUACUGACCAAUGGCAGCCGCCGAAUGGACCGGUGGGUCUGUACGACCCUUCCCAGGAACGCGAGGCAUGCGGUGUUGGAUUUAUAGCGGCCAUCGACGGAAAAAGAUCGAAGAAGAUCGUCCACGAUGCCCAAAGGUUGGCCAUCAGCAUGAACCACAGAGGUGCGUGCGCGUGCGACAACGAUACAGGAGACGGCGCAGGCGUGCUGACCGCCAUUCCGCACGAUUUUUACUAUACCAAGCUCAAAGAAGAGCAGAAUGUGCAACUGCCCGGUUUCGGCCAGUACGCCACCGGCAUUUUUUUCCUGGACAAACUGCACCAUCAAGAAAGCGAGACCCGAUUCGCUGAAAUCGCCGAUGAAUUGGACAUUUCGGUACUCGCGUGGCGCACGGUACCAACCAAUAAUGCGACCAUUGGUACUGUCGCUAAGAAUUCGGAACCGUUCAUGAGGCAAGUGUUUCGUGGCUGUUAGAGGCGAUGUCUCUGAGGCGGAGUUGGACAGAAGGUAUUUCAUGCUUCGAAAGAGAGCCACUCACCAAAUCCCGUCCCCCGGAAAGAGGUUUUACAUUUGCUCGUUGAGUCGACGAACUGUUGUCUAUAAAGGACAGUUGACCUCAGACCAGCUGUGGACCUAUUUUCCUGAUCUGCUGGAUCCGAUGUACGAUACUUAUUUGGCAUUGGUGCAUACUCGAUUUUCAACUAAUACUUUUCCAAGCUGGGAGAGAGCACACCCUCUAAGAGUUUUAGCUCACAAUGGCGAGAUCAAUACGUUACGAGGUAACGUGAAUUUCAUGAAAGCUAGAGAAGGAGUCAUGAAAAAUGACGAUAUCGGAGACCAACUCAAAACUUUGUAUCCUGUUGUCGAGCCGAAUCUCUCCGAUUCGGGAAGUGCAGAUUGUGUCCUGGAAUUUUUGGUACAUGUCGGUAACAGGAAAUUGCCCGAGGCCGUAAUGACUAUGGUGCCUGAAGCCUGGCAAAACGACCCGACGAUGUCCGAAGAAAAACGGGACUACUACCAUUGGGCGGCUUGUACCAUGGAACCUUGGGAUGGGCCAGCCUUAAUCUCUUUCACCGAUGGGCGAUUCAUCGGAGCCAUUUUGGAUCGGAACGGUCUGAGGCCUUCCAGAUUCUAUAUUACCAAAGAUAACAUGAUGGUUAUGGCUAGUGAGGUGGGUGUAUAUGAUGUGGACCCCUCGCAAGUUAUUUUCAAAGUCGUUUGAAACCAGGUAGAAUGCUGUUGGUAGAUACUCAAGAAAAAACCGUCAUUCAAGACGUUGAAUUGAAAAAAGAAUUGCAAGAUCUCGACCUCAUUCAGACUGGUUAAAAGAACAGAUCACCAUUGAAGAACUCAGGAAGGCUCACCUUGAUGCUGGUAAUCCUACCAAACCAAAGUAUGAAUCAAGUGGACUUGCUGACAAAAGAUUGGCUCUCUAUGGAUACUCUACCGAAACUAUCCAUAUGCUGUUGAUGCCGAUGAUUAACAACAAGAAAGAAGCCCUUGGAAGCAUGGGUAACGACAUUCCACUGGCUUGCCUUUCUGAAUUUUCACCAUUGCUUUACGAAUACUUCAAGCAACUAUUUGCACAGGUGACAAAUCCUCCGAUCGACCCAUUCAGAGAAAAGGUUGUCAUGUCCCUACAAUGUCCAAUUGGACCAGAGGACAAUAUUCUGCAGCCAAGUUCAAAACAGGUGCACCGAUUAUGGCUGAAAAACCCAGUGAUCUCCAUCGCCGAUUUAGAGGUGAUAAAACUAACAAAACACCGAAACUGGGCGGCACAUGUGAUAGACAUAACUUUCCCCGCUUCGGAAGGUAUUCCAGGCUUCCUGAACAAGCUAAAAAGCAUCUGUGAAGAGGCGAACAAUGCUGCGAGGACAAAUCAGAUUAUUAUUUUGUCUGAUAGGCAUGCAGGGCCAGAUAGAGUGCCUAUAAGCAUCCUUCUUGCCUUAGGUGCAACCCAUCAUCACCUUAUAGAGACCAGAUCUAGAAUGAAGGUGGCGCUAGUGUUGGAAACAGGAGAGGCUCGUGAGGUCCAUCACAUCUGCGUUUUGUUAGGUUAUGGAGCUGAUGCUAUUUGUCCCUAUCUAGCUCUAGAGUUGGCAUCCAGUCUUCGUGAUCAAGGUAUACUAGACACAACCCUUUCCGACGAGGCGAUCUUCCAGAACUACGCGCAGGCCAUGCAGACAGGCAUCAGCAAAGUGAUGGCCAAAAUGGGCAUUUCUACCCUACAAUCCUACAAGGGCGCGCAGAUUUUCGAGGCUGUAGGCCUGGCUGAGGACGUGAUCGAAAAGGCAUUUAAAGGGACACCAUCGAGGAUAGGAGGAGCUAACCUGGAGAUGUUGGCAGCCGAAGCGUUCGAAAGACACAAGAAUGCGUAUAGACCUAGUCCUGAUUCUUUAAUUUUAAGGGACACCGGUAUCUACCAUUGGAGAGCUGGAGGGGAGAAGCAUUUGAACGAACCGGCUAGUAUUGCUGCCCUACAGGAAUCAGCUACUGGGAACAACAAAACAGCUUACCAGAAGUACAUCGAGUCCACAAUGCAAUCUAUAAGAAACUGUAUGCUUCGGGGUAGACUAGACUUGAGGACUUUGGAUCAACCUUUAUCUUUGGAUGAAAUUGAACCUGCAUCUGAAAUCGUGAAGCGUUUUGCAACUGGAGCGAUGAGUUUUGGCUCAAUUAGCCUGGAGGCCCAUCAGACUUUAGCUAUGGCCAUGAAUAAAGCUGGAGGUAAAAGUAAUACUGGUGAGGGUGGAGAAGACCCCGAAAGAUAUUUGGAUCCACAAAGGAGAUCUGCGAUUAAGCAGGUGGCUUCUGGAAGAUUUGGGGUGACUUCAUCGUACUUAGCUCAUUCAGAUGACUUGCAAAUUAAAAUGGCGCAGGGUGCUAAGCCUGGAGAAGGUGGUGAAUUACCAGGUUACAAAGUGUCAGCAGAAAUUGCAAAAACGAGACACUCAGUUGCAGGUGUCGGUUUGAUUUCUCCUCCACCGCACCACGAUAUCUACUCAAUUGAAGACUUGGCUGAAUUGAUAUAUGAUUUGAAAUGCGCCAAUCCGCAAGCCAGAAUUUCCGUCAAAUUGGUUUCUGAAGUUGGAGUAGGUGUUGUGGCAUCUGGAGUCGCAAAGGGGAAAGCUGAACACAUCGUCGUAUCAGGACAUGAUGGUGGAACCGGUGCCAGUUCCUGGACAGGCAUCAAAAGCGCUGGGCUUCCUUGGGAAUUGGGAAUAGCUGAGACGCAUCAGGUCCUUGUACUUAAUAACCUAAGAUCCAGGAUCGUUUUACAAGCUGACGGAAAUAUCAGAACAGGUUUUGACGUAGUGGUAGCUGCCCUCCUUGGAGCAGAUGAAGUGGGUUUCAGUACAGCUCCUUUGAUCGUAAUGGGUUGCACAAUGAUGAGAAAAUGUCACUUGAACACCUGUCCAGUCGGCAUUGCCACUCAAGAUCCUGUACUCAGGAAGAAAUUCACAGGACAGCCUGAACAUGUUAUCAACUACUUGUUCAUGCUGGCUGAAGAAGUUAGGGAGAAUAUGGCUAAACUGGGUGUUCGUACAUUCCAAGAAUUGAUCGGCCGAACCGAUCUUCUGAAAGUAGUCGACGCAGGGUCACCAAAAGCAAAAAUGCUAAACCUAAACCUGAUUUUGCAAAACGCAUUGCACAUGAGACCGGGAGUGAAUAUCAAAGGAGGUUCCGAGAAACAAGAUUUCCAACUGGAACAGCGAUUAGAAAAUGAACUUAUUGCAAAAGCUAAACCUGUAAUCGAUGGAGAGAUCAAGAAAGUAGAUGUAGAAUUGAAAAUUAGAAAUGAAGACAGAGCAUUUGGGUCUACUUUAAGCUAUUACAUUUCAUGCAAAUAUAAUGAAGAUGGUCUUCCAGAAGAUAGUGAAAUCAAUGUCCGGCUGACAGGAUCUGCCGGACAGAGCUUCUGCGCAUUUUUGGCAAAAGGAGUACACGUUACAUUGGAGGGAGAUGCCAACGACUAUGUAGGCAAAGGUCUCUCUGGAGGUACAAUUGUGAUCUAUCCCCCAAAAUCGUCACCAUUCGAAUCCCACUUGAAUGUGAUAGUGGGCAAUGUCUGUUUGUAUGGGGCUACGUCUGGCAAGGCGUAUAUGAGAGGUAUCGCUUCUGAAAGGUUCGCUGUCAGAAAUUCGGGAGCUACUGCUGUGGUAGAAGGUGUUGGAGAUCAUGGCUGUGAAUAUAUGACUGGAGGGGUUGUACUUAUACUUGGAUUAACUGGUCGAAACUUUGCCGCCGGAAUGUCUGGAGGCAUCGCAUACGUAUGGGACAUAGAUGGAAAAUUCUCGAUGAAAUGUAAUCCAGAAAUGGUAGAAUUGUGUAAAUUAGAAGACAAAGAAGAUGUUUCAUUAGUAUUGACAUUACUUAAAGAAUUCCGUGAGCUAACAGGAAGUGUUGUUGCUGAACAAUUACUGAGUGAAUUCGACCAAAGGAGAAAGGAGUUCGUCAAGGUCUUCCCAUAUGAGUACCAACGUGUCCUUAGGCAAAAAGCAGCUGAAAAGGAAUCUGCUACUCAACCUCAGGCGCAAGAAACUGCAAAAAUUCAAGAUAUUGAGGAUGCUGUCGGUGAUCCUGCUGUAGAACAGAGAAAAGCUGAAAGGGUGUUGGAUAAAGUACGAGGUUUUAUGAAAUAUCCUCGCGAAGCCGCCCCCUACCGUCCUGCAGAGAAGCGCAUGAAGGACUGGGACGAGGUCUACAACUUCACGCACGUGCGCAAAGGGCUGCGCGUACAGUCAGCGCGAUGCAUGGACUGCGGUGUGCCCUUCUGCCAGUCGAACUCCCACGGUUGUCCGUUGGGCAACAUCAUCCCUAAAUGGAACUUCCUGGUGUUCCAGAACCAGUGGAGGCAGGCGCUGAACCACUUGUUGCAGACUAACAAUUUCCCCGAGUUUACGGGACGAGUGUGCCCCGCGCCGUGCGAAGCAGCUUGUGUGUUGGGUAUCUCGGAGCCGAGUGUUACUAUCAAGAAUAUCGAGUGUGCCAUCAUCGACCAUGCCUUCGAAAAUGGUUGGAUUGUACCCCAAGUUCCAACUUCAAGAACAGACAAGAAGGUUGCCAUUGUAGGUUCGGGACCUGCAGGAUUGGCGUGUGCCCAUCAGCUGAAUAAAGCUGGCCAUACAGUGACGGUAUUUGAAAGGAAUGAUAGAGUUGGUGGCCUUUUGCAGUAUGGGAUUCCCACCAUGAAGCUGAGCAAGACUGUGGUACAAAGGAGAGUAGACUUACUUACUGCUGAAGGUAUCACCUUCAAAACAAACGUUAAUGUUGGAAAGGAUAUUUCAGCUAAAGAGUUGUCAGAAGAAUAUGACGCUGUUAUAUUAUGCACUGGUGCGACUUGGCCUAGGGAUCUGCCUUUACCAGGACGUCAACUGAACGGCAUCCACUUUGCCAUGGAGUUCCUGGAGAGUUGGCAGAAGAAACAAUUAGGCGCCAACUUUGAUGGUCCUCACGCUAAAGACAAACACGUCAUCAUCAUAGGAGGCGGUGACACAGGAUGUGAUUGUAUCGCCACCUCGCUGCGACAGGGAGCUGCUAGUAUCACGACGUUCGAGAUCCUGCCUAAACCUGGUCCGAAAAGGUCCAAGGACAACCCUUGGCCGCAGUGGCCUAGGGUGUUCAAGGUGGACUACGGACAUGAAGAGGUCCAAGUGCGUUACGGUUCUGAUCCGAGGGUAUUCAGCAUCAUGACGCAAGAAUUCACUGAUGACGGUAAAGGUCACGUGAGUGGUGUCAAGACUGUCAACGUCGAGUGGGUGAAAGAUGACAGUGGAAGGUGGCAGAUGAACCAGGUUCCUGGAACAGAAAAGGUUUACAAAGCCGACUUGGUACUGUUGGCCAUGGGUUUUUUGGGUCCUGAGAGAGCUAUCGGUGACCAACUGCAGUUGACUUUAGACCCAAGGUCUAACUUUGAAACGAAAGAGUACAAGACUAAUGUGUCCAACGUUUUUGCUGCUGGUGACUGUCGGCGAGGGCAAUCAUUGGUCGUUUGGGCAAUAUCUGAAGGUCGGCAAGCAGCUCGUGUAGUGGACGAGUACCUGAGGAGAGAAGUAUCAGCUUUACCAGUACCUGGUGGUAUUAUAAAACCAUCUCUAUUACAGGCAAUACCAUGUUCUGUCUAAAAAGAUAUAUUCUUUUUGUGAUUUGAGAUUUUGUUGCAGACCUUUUCUGUUGAUGGAUAUUGUGAAAAGUUUUGUGAUAUUUAUAUUUUAUAAAACAGUAACAAUUUAUAUUUAUUUGAUGUCUAAAACUAUCAGAUGAAAAGAUAUGCUAUAUGAAUUGAAAAUAUAUGUUCGUUGUUGCAAAAGUUGUUGAGUUGUUAGAUAUUUAUUUUCAAAGAAAAGCUGUUGGAAAGGUUGGAUUUCCAUUUGAGAAUUUCGAAGAAUAGAUGACAGACAAUAAGGAUUUCAAUUGUGAUGCAAGUAGUUUUGUUUUAGAUAUCUACAUGAAUCGUAGGUAGAAGAAAUUUUCUUUAUAGAUAGCUUUAGAUUUCAUGGGCCCGUACGUGUACAAAUUUUUUCAAUUAGUUCAAUAAAAAGAAAUAGCAAGCCGUAUGUGUUACUGCGAUGAACAUUUCUCUAGGACGUAUUAUUUCUGAUGCAGUCAUAUUUUUCGAAAAUUAAAAUUUUAUUGAGCCCAUGUCAACCACACAGUAUUUCAGUCUGUUUUACAUGUUUACCUACAUUUUGCUGUUCUUAUCAAGCUUCUUAUAAAUGCAUUUCAAACCAAAUAGAUAUUUUUCACAAUACUUAUUACAUGUGGCCACAGCUUGUAAUAUUAUAUUCAACUUUUUGUAUUGAAAAACUCAUUCAGUUAUAAAAACUAUUUUUGUAGCCAUCCAAUUGAUAAAAAUUUUAUAAGUUUAAAUGUUCUGUGGUCAUCCUUCUGAAAGAUAUCGUUCCCGCUUUGAGUGUUUCCAAACUGUUGUUUAUAAAUAUGCGAAAUUGUAUCCAAUGUAGUCAGUAUGUUCAAAAUAAAUAUAGUCAGCAUAUGUUUCUAGUUUUAUUUAAAAAAUAAAUAAAGUUAUGUACAUAUCAACAUAAAUAAAAUGUAGCUUGAAUCCCUGUAAAUAACAAAGAGGACUA